AUGGAGGGCGAAAGUGACAGUAAUGUUGACGGUGUUGAUGCAGUACCACAACAGGAGCUGGUCGAGGUGUUGGCAGUGCCGUCGGUGGAAACGGCUGUUACCACAGUUACCGAUGUUCGGCUGGAUUCGGGAGGGGAUGACAAUCUGCCCACGACAGUGGCUGACGUUGAAUCCGAAAACAUGGAUAAGCGCAUCCGUCGCAGCCGUAGCCGACGCAGCCUUAGCCGACGCAGCCGCAGCCGUCGCAGCCUUAGCCGUCGCAGCCUUAGCCGUCGCAGCCUUAGCCGACGCAGUCGCAGCCGACGCAGCCGCAGCCGUCGUAGCCGCAGCCGUCGUAGCCGCAGCCGUCGUAGCAGAAGCAGAAGCGAUGACAGCGACUUCUCCGUGCAUAUCGCCGAAGACGAGAUCCUUGCCGAGCUGGCGGCCAGUACCAGUCGUGGUGGCCAGAAGGCGGCUCGCGGCGGACGCAAGGUGAGGAAGGCGGCACUCGCCCGUGGUCGCCGUGAUGAAAAGGCCACCCGUGGCCAGAAGUCAAACAGAAGCCGCAAAGGCAGGAAGAAGACCCAAAGUGCACCUGCGCGGUCGAUAUGGAGCGGCCGUUUGCGUUCAAGCAAAACUAACAAGAGAUCGAAGGCAAAGUAA